AUGGCGCCAAGAUGUUCGGGUGGGCAUACGGUGUUGCUGCCUUUUCUGUACCCCUCGUUGUUUUUUUCCAAGAGCACCACCACGCCUCGUCUUGCUUCGAGAGUGGUCGCAAGUAGUCGCCGCCAUAGCUCCACCCAGGUAGCUCAGGAAUCAAAAUCCACCAGACUCAACCCAGCUCCCGACGACUAUUCCCAGCCCAUCUUCGCCGACAAAGCCUCAGUAACCCUCUACGCGGGCCCCGGUGGCCACGGCUGCAUCUCCUUCUUCCGUGACGCAUACCUCCCCGACGGACCCCCCAACGGCGGCGACGGCGGCCAUGGAGGCAACAUCUACAUCCAGGCUGUACACGGCGAGACGUCACUACACAAGUUAGCUAGGCGGCGCUUCAUUCGAGCAGGCAAAGGAAAGUCUGGUCAGGGCAGCUCCAAGGGUGGCCAGCGAGGCGAAGACGUCAUCAUAACCGUGCCGGUUGGUACUGUCGUCCGCGAGCUGGCCAGGGAAGACCCCAUUGCCGAGGAUGCGAUAAUGCAGCGCGCUAUGAAAGCGCAAAGAAAGGCCGAAAAAAGGGCCAAACUGGCCCGUCAGGCUGAGUUGGCGGAGCAGGCGAGGCGAGAGCUGGAGGAGGGAAUUGAAGAGGAGGAUGAAGAGAUGGCGGCGGAAAGGGAGGCGAAAGCGAGGAAGCAGGUCGAGGAUGAAUUCGACGAACCCGAUGACCCCGAUCGCAACAAGUUCCUUCUGUACCCCGGCCUCUCAAAGUCGGAUCUGAAGACGAUAUCUCUCCCCAAAGCCCCUACCCGUCAGCGUCUCUACCACCAGCCGCCCGGCCCGAUCCAGCUCGACCUGUCGCGCCCUUCUCCGCAGCCCAUCCUGCUCGCCGUCGGCGGCAUUGGCGGACUGGGCAACCCACACUUCACGUCGCGCGAGUUCCCGCGGCCCAUCUUCGCCACCAAGGGCGAGCGCGCCGUGACCAUGGAGAUUGAGCUCGAGCUCAAGCUCCUCGCCGACGUCGGGCUAGUAGGACUACCCAAUGCCGGCAAGAGCACCCUGCUGCGCGCCAUCACGAACUCGCGCACUCGCGUCGGCAACUGGGCCUUCACGACGCUGCAGCCGAACAUCGGCACCGUCGUCUUGGACAGCUACAAGGGCCGCCCCGUGAUCAAGAGUUACAAGCGGUAUCCCGCCGCUGACCCCGCCUACGGCGGCAGCGGAAUACCCGGCGCGGAAGAGGAGGUACUGGUCGAGCAGCGGACCCGCUUCACGGUCGCCGACAUCCCCGGUCUCAUCGAGGGUGCCCACCUAGACCGCGGCCUCGGCAUCGCGUUCCUGCGUCACGUCGAGCGUGCCGGCGUCCUCGCCUUCGUCGUCGACCUCUCCGCCGGCCCGGCCGUCAAGGCUCUCAAGGCCCUCUGGAACGAGGUCGGCCUCUACGCGCAGAUGCGCGAGGAGGAAGAGCGCGCGCGCGAGAUCGACGCUCGCGUCGACUGGGACCUCAACUCAGGCAGCAGCAGCGAGGCCGCUCUUCCGCAAGGGGGCACGCACGGCACCAUGAUGGUGGCCGACGCCCCGCCGGCGCCCCGGCAGGAGUCGGGCCUGCACAUCGCGGCCAAGCCGUGGUACGUGGUUGCCACCAAGGCCGACCUCCCCGAGACCCAGCAAAAUUUCAAAGACCUCAAGGCCUACCUCGACGAGAUCAAGCAGGGCACCGCGCCGCACCCGAGCGGGAUCGAGAACGCCUGGACGGACAACGUCGCCGCUAUCCCCGUCAGUGCAAUCAAUGGCCAGGGCGUCGAUCGGAUCGUCCACUGGACUGUGGGACUACUUGACGAGUAA